UAUUUUUCUUUUGACCCUUCUGGUAAUGAAAUCCUGAUUCCGUCCCUAAAUGUACUCACUUCUUUUCAAACAAAAUCAAACCAAGCUUGUAUUUCAAUCUAGUCAACUUAGUCACUUGAACAUUAUUAUUUUUUUUUUGUUGUCAUUCUGUUCUAUUAAGGGUUUAGUAUUUAAUUAAAUUAAAUAAAUUCAUAAUUACAGUAAUCUCAUUUCCCGAUGACAAAAAGAUUAUAGGUGUUAACUUUAGUAGAUACAAUUUUUUUUUUUAUAAAAAUGUUUUAUAUUCUAGUUUUAAUUAGUCAAAUUUAACAUUAAUGCCAAAUGCACCCCAAUCCAGCAGAGAAGCUUAUAUUCAUAUGUAUGUAUACACAUGUAUGGUAUGGAUGUGGGCUUCUUCAUGUGCAGGUGCCAGUUGGCUCCUUAACUGGUAAAACAGUUGGACUCUAUUUCUCAGCCCAAUGGUGUCUUCCUGGACUCGACUUCACUCCUAAGCUCAUCUCCAUCUAUCACAACAUCAAGCAAUCAUUGAUAAAAGAUAUAGACGGCGAGGACUUUGAAAUAGUAUUCGUCUCAAGUGACACAGACCAAUCACAAUUCGACUUGCAUUUCAAUACCAUGCCAUGGCUUGCACUGCCUUUUGGAGACCCAAUUACUAAGAACUUGACCAAGUAUUUCGAUAUACAAGGUAUCCCUAGUUUGGUAAUCUUGGGCCCAGAUGGUAAAACCGUUACCAAACACGGGAGGAACCUUAUAAACUUGUAUAAAGAAAAUGCUUACCCUUUUACUGAGGCUAAAGUGGAGUUGCUAGAGAAGAAAAUGGAUGAGGAGGCUAAGGACCUCCCGAGAUCGGAGAAACAUAUUGGGCACCGCCACGAGCUAACGUUGGUGUCGGAGGGGAGCGGAGGCGGGCCUUUUAUUUGUUGUGAUUGUGAUGAGCAAGGGUCUGGAUGGGCUUAUCAAUGUAUUCAAUGUGGGUAUGAGGUGCACACCAAGUGCGUGAGGCCAGUUGAUUAAGGCAUGACUGCUGAUACUUGACCAACUUUACCAAUUGGCCUUGCCACUUACGUUGAUGUAAAAUGAAGUAGUUAAAAUUGUACCAGUCAAGUGAUGAGACUGUUUGUUACAACUUUUGGGGUGUUUAUAGCUUAUUCUGAUUUGGAAGUCUAUGCCAGACGUUUGGU